AUGUCUAUAUACCAUACCUCCGAAAUCCCCCUCCCCCCAGCUUCCACCCGCUGGAUGGUAGUCACUCAGGGCCGCAACCCUGGUGCAGCUGAUGUCCAAAAGGUUGUCGUGCCCACAAUCACGGCUGAUGUCCGGCCGAAACUCGCCCUAACCGACCUGGAGCAGCUCUACCGCCAGCUCUUGGAUAAAGCACACACCGAUGAGCAGUUGAGAAGCCAACGUUUUGCGACUAGCUCUACUUGCCUUAUCGAUGUCUCUCGUCGCUCUGCGGGUGGAGUAACUCAGAUGCAACGAUCUCCCCCACAGUCCAGUGCCAAAUCGCAAAGACGACAGGCCCUUGCUCUGGAUUGCGAGAUGUUUGACUUACGAGUCCAAAAUACUUGA